AUGGAUGCUGUCAACUUCAUCGCCGCCGCACGCAUUCGCGUCCUCCUCGUUCCUGUAGGACCUAUCAAGAAAGCCACCUUCGAGCGACAUGUCAAGAUGCUUCGGCAACACAACUCUGUCAAACUCGAGGACGUCUGGAUGGGCCCACGGACUGAAAACUCCUUUUUUAGCCAGAACGUGCCCCAUGAAGGCCAGCUCUACUUUCAGUUUGUGACCUCUUACAACGGCGAGCACCAGUACCUCGAGGAGUUUCAAAUGCACCGACGUAUCUUUGGAGUAAUAGGAAUUAUGGAUUGUCAGGAAUGGCCUGAUGGCAACAUGACAGCAGGAUACCAACACUUCCAGCAGCUUCUCACCAAGUAUCCGUCAGCAGUUGCAAACCAGUGCUUUGCCUUCGAUCCUUCAGAACAGCAUCCGGACGAUCUUCGAGGAGGCGGAGUGAUCAUGAUUCCCAACGUCGGUAAUACUUCUUCCUACCUGCGUGUUUUGAUCUGCGACCUUACCAGGACCAUCUUGACCGAGUUCGAGAACAUUGCAGGUGCGAUCGGGAAGAGACAGGAUAUUGAGUCGCCCAGUCCAGCCAUCCCUGUUUACACGCGCAAUGGACCCAACUCGGGACCUAUGUCAGCCACCAGUGCUCCUUCGAUACCAGACAUGUCAGUUAACGGCAUGAAGCCGCUCACAGCUCCACCUUCUGCAAUGACGACUUCAGGAACAUCAACUCAUCAGCGCUCUAUGUCCUCCGCAGGAUUUGCAACCGUGAACUCGGCCAACCAAUACCUCCAAACUGCAGUCGUCACGGAUCAGAAACUGAGGAAGCGGACUGCUGCCAGAGCACAAAAGCUAUACGGAGACUUGUACUUGAUGGCAGGACGUCUCUCCGACGCAGUUACAAGUUACCAGUCUGUGAUUGAGGCUACGAAGUAUAACCUGGAUUUCCUGUGGAACGCGAGUGCGAUGGAGGGCCUGUACUGUGCAGUUGUUCUCCUAGCAUUUAUCCAAGCCGACAUCUCCCAUAUUAACCAGCAGCAGAUUCAACAGGUCACAUCCUCGCCCGCUUCGCCUACUACCAGCGAGCCUGCCAAGGCACAGACCGCCCCUGCUAUCAAACCACUAAUCAUCGACAUCCCUGAAAAGUAUCAGACCAUCCUCUCACUUUACAACAAGGUGCCCAACAACGCUGCGCCCGCCAUCCUCUAUGUGGAAGCCUGUAUGAGGGUGACAAAGUUCAUCGCAACUUGCUUUGCUUGCGGAAAUGGAAUUCUGGACGAUCGGGCAUUGGCGGCGGUUGUGAGCGGCAACAUUCUUAUGCACACUGAGGCUUCGGCUGGCGAAGGACAGCAGCCCAUGACACAGUCGUCCUCAGCAAAUCAGUCCCAGACCUCCUCCGGCGCUGCUGCCUUGUUGCGCCGAGCGUCAACAUUGAGGUCGCGCAGCGGAAGCGUCACAACCCACAAUCUUGGCGUCACUAGAACAGACAUCAUGAACUGGGUCACCAAGGCUUGGACCGGCCGACUGGACGAACUCUGGAUUCUCGAUCAAAUCCAUUUCACAACCUCAAUCGCUUCGAUUCUAGGAGCAGUUCAGUUCCGCCGAAAGCAGUCGCUUUUUCUCCGAUAUGCUGUGCGAAUGAUUGCCCCACUGUUGCAUCAGACCCGGUUGGCUCAGGCAGCAGCAGCACAAUCGAACGGGACCUCCCCCCGAAAGGCCGCAAACUCAGACCACGGAGUAUUGGAGUGCCUGACACAGAUUUGUAAUGUCUUUGGCGUGGGCGACUCUUUCACUUCCAAUACCAGCCUCUACAUGGAUCACGGAUGGCCUGAGCUCCAGAUCGAUAUUUUGUAUGAGUGUAUUCGCACCGCCGAGGCUGUUCCAGAUUACAAGUCGAUGAUGUACUUUUCCACCACGCUUCUGCGACAGCUUCACGCAUACUUGACCAGGGAGGAACAGGCUGGUCUCUAUGCGUCAUUGCCUCGCAUCCUUGCUGUAGCCAAAAAGUCCAACUCAACAGAUCUCACCGACAUCCACUACUGGACCAAGAGCCUUGUCGUCGAUAUUGAAGUGUGCUCGCCAUCGGCUCGCAAGUUGCCUUUCACAAGAUCUAAGGAUACUCUCAAGUCUAUCCUUCCUGAGACAAAGCGGCCGGUGGGUGCGACAGGAGAGGUUGAUCCAUUCAUUUACAAUCCUUUCCACCGCAAGGUUAACAAUGUCGCCAAGAUGGACCUCGUAGCAGACGAGACAGCCUACUUUAUUGUGACCUUGACCAACCCUCACGGCAUAGACAUUGAGGUCCAGGAGAUCCGUCUUUCGACCACGGGUGUUGAGUUUGAGGCGAUUCCAACGUCAACCAUGAUCCCUGCACAAACUACUGUCUCCAUCAAGGUUGCCGGUAUCCCCAAGGGUCCAGGCGAGCUUGUCAUUCGUGGUUGUUGGGUCCAGAUCCUUCACUGUAGUGAAGAAGAGUUCUUUGUGACCAACCCAAGAACCGGAAGUGUUGCCACCAACGACAGCAAGGCCGCCGAGGCUGCAAGCGAUGCCAUGCUUCGCGUCAAAAAGAGGGGAUUGGAGAGCUUCACACUCAAAAAGUCAGACGAUGCCACGAUUGAGCCCAAGUUUGCAACGGUCACAGUUAUUCCUCCACAGCCCUUGCUGAAGAUCAGCUCCACCUCACUCCAGCACGGCUCUGUCAUGUUGUUUGAAGGCGAGAGGACGGUAGUUCGGUUGACAUUGGAAAACAUUGGCGCAGUUCCUGUCGACUUUGUGACACUGACGUUCUCCGACACGACCAGCCAGUUGGCAAUUGGAAACACCAACCACUACGGGCAGAGCACCAACGGCGGUGAGCUGUCAGCAGAGGAUGCAUACGAGCUCGAGCUGUUCUUGAAGAAGACCAACGUGUUUUCGUGGAAUCGCGAGGUGGAAUGCCACAUCCCUGUCGGAGGUACUCGCGAGGUCAAGGUUGAGUUGCUCGGAAAGCGCGGUUGUUCAUCGGGUAUGGUCCAGAUCGACUAUGCGUACCUGACGCGUCCUGAGCAGGAGGGUGUUGAGGAGUCCGAGGUGUUUGUCACGCGCCAGCUUUUCACUCAGGUCCUGACCACUGUUUACAAGACUGUCGAGUCCUUAAACCUUGAUAUCCUCUACCUCCAGUCUCAUGGUGGUAUGGAUAUCCCAGUGACCGAGCCCAACACCCCCCUCAUUAGCACUAACAGUGGCACAUUUGAUAGCGCCGAUGUGUCGACUCAGCCACCCAGGAUCGACUUUUCGAGCGAUGGAUUCUUGGCGCCUCCCGGUGCGGAUGAUCAGGAAGGCAGCCUGAAGCCCAAGGCGGUCCAGAUUCAAGAACAGGGCCACAACAAGUAUCUGUCGGCAGGACGCCGAGGAUCCCGGACAAUCAAUAAGCGUCUGAGCUCCAAUUUCUCUAAAGUCGACAAGCGCCAGUCGGUCGAGCAGUUGCUCUCCAAGGCGAGAGGAGAUGCUGUCUUGCCUGGGGAGCAGAUCGAGGCGGCUAUUUCUCGUCGAGUGGCCUUGGGUAACAAAAACGAGUACUGUUUGUUGACGCUGGAUGUCCGUAAUGUCUGGACGGUCCCUGUGGAGGUGGCCAUGUUGGUGGAUGACUCUGAGGAGGGCGAGGGGUUGGAUGUGAGUCGAUUGAUCAAGUCGACAACUGUGAUCCAGCCUGGAAGCACUCAACGAAUCAUCCUGCCCGUUCGUAGAAUGGUGUUGUCGACUGAACAGCUUGCGACGCCGAUCCCCACGCUUUCUAACAAGCAGUUUGUGUUGGCACGUGGCACGGCGCUGUCGUCAGAAGAUCAGGCCAAGGAGCGGGCGCUAUUCUGGUUCCGUGAGGAGUUGCUCAAGAGAGUGGUCGCUCGUUGGACAUGCAAGGAUACUUCUGGCCGGUUUGGCAAGUUUGAUUUGCGAACGCUUCGUCUCACCAAGCCCAUGUUGAGCGUGCUCAAGAUCGAGGACAUAUCGUUCUUGGUCACCAUGGAACCUACUGCCGCCAUGGAUGAGGACCAGGACAACAGCAACAAGGACAACGAGGAGGAGGAGGAGGGAGAUGGGUCGAACCGGGGAGGGUUGGAGCAGAUUGGAUCUAACCGGUGGAGAUGUCCUGUCGAGAAGUUUGCACAGAUCCGGUUUACGGUUGUCAACCGGUCUCACCAAGAUGUGAAACUUUGUCUGAGGAUGCAGCCUGUGCAAGUCCAUGGUGAUGGUACGAUGGAUUAUGACAUGGGCGAUCGUAUGGUCUGGCACGGCGUUCUCCAGACCCCACUUGCAAAGAUGCAACCGGAUUCUACGACGAGCCAUGUCCUACCAGUGUGCUUCUACAGUCGCGGCGAGUACAAGGUGCUCUACCAUGCCGAGGAUGUCCGCCGACGACUUGUCUACUAUGACCAUGAGCCAUUGGUCGUAGAAGCCUUUUAA